UUUUUUUUUUGUUUCAUUAGGGUUGCCUGAUCAUAUGAUUCCUCCCGUAUCCGAGUGGUGUGUCCUGUCAGACCAUCCGGAUAUCCACACCUCUUGGCUUCGUUCCAACACCAUGGUCAGGGUUAUAUAACGCAUGAAAAAAUCAUCUUGGAUCUGAUUGGGACUUGUCACCUCCCAGCGCAGGAUCAUCUCAGUAUGGAGUCCUUCAAUUCCUUCAAUUCCACCUCCCUUCCGCAAAUGGCUUCAUAUGCAGAUCUCGUGAAGCUGGCUCACCGGAACCCCAACCUAUCCAGCUUCGAAAACCUCUGGGAGGCAUACUACUCCUACUGGAAUAAUGAUAUCCUCGCCACUGGAAUCGUUACUUUCAUCGCGCACGAACUCAUCUACUUCGGCCGCUGUCUACCAUGGAUAAUCGCCGAUGCAAUGCCAGGCACUUUCAACCGAUGGAGAAUCCAGGAUCACAAAGCACCACCCUCGUUCGCGACUCAAUGGAAUUGCACCAAAUACAUCCUUGCCAUCCACUUCAUUGUUGAACUCCCGCUCAUUGUCCUCUUCCAUCCCAUGAUGGACCUUUGUGGCCUCAAGUACACCUCCCCCUUCCCAGCCUUCAAAACCGUCGCUGCCCAACUCGCCCUUUUCUUCAUCGUUGAAGAUACCUACCACUACUGGCUGCACCGCGCCUUCCACUGGGGUCCCCUCUACCGCUCCAUCCACCGCAUCCACCACCAAUACGCGACCCCCUUCGGUCUCACGGCCGAGUACGCCAGUCCCUGGGAAACCCUUCUGCUCGGACUUGGCACAAUCGCCCCGCCGCUCGUUCUAGGUUACUUCACAGAGAACGUGCAUUUGAUCACGGUGUUGGUGUGGAUGGGUCUGCGCCAAGUCCAAGCCAUCGAUUGUCAUUCGGGAUAUGAUUUUCCCUGGAGCAUGAGGCGCAUUUUCCCAUUCUGGGGUGGGGCCGACUGGCAUGAUGAUCAUCAUCGCUACUUUGUGGGGAAUUAUUCUAGCUCGUUCCGUUACUGGGAUAUCUUGAUGGGUACCGUUGCUGGCCCGAAGAAUGGACGCGAGAAGAGACGUCGCGAUUAGAUUUUGAUUCCUGACUUGAGAGGUAAAAGCUUUUGUUUUUGCUCUUGUUCCUUAGUAUUAUUUUUAAUAGGGCUGUUCGUGUACAGAUGUGGCCUUCUUUUUUGUAUGACUAGAAUGUGUACUAUUACAUGAGAUAAAUAAUUAAUAUGAAUAAUAUGCCUACGA